GGUUUACGCCCUGGUCAAGAGCUAUUGGAUGAUGUUGGCGGAUCACAUAUAUUUCAGAAUUGGAAAAGGAAUAUUUUGACUGAUAGCGGCGGAUUUCAAAUGGUUUCCCUAUUAAAACUCGCCGAAAUCACCGAAGAAGGUGUACAAUUUCAAUCACCGCAUGAUGGAUCUCUAAUGCUAUUAACGCCCGAACACUCAAUGUCCAUACAAAAUUCUAUUGGUGCGGAUAUUAUCAUGCAACUUGAUGAUGUGGUUUCUUCAUUGACUACAGGCAAACGCGUCGAAGAGGCUAUGUAUCGAUCAAUACGAUGGCUUGAUCGGUGCAUCAAGUCUCAUAAAAAUCCAGAGACGCAAAAUUUGUUUGCAAUAACACAAGGAGGUUUAGUUCCAGAAUUGAGAAAAAUUUGUAUUCAAGAAAUGAUAAAGCGAGAUACUCCAGGAUAUGCAAUCGGAGGACUAAGUGGAGGGGAAGAGAAAGAUAUAUUUUGGCGAAUGUAA